AUGGCAGGAAAGGGCAUGGCGGGAUUCGUAUGGCUGAUAUUUUCAUCGAAGGAACGAGACACCGUCCAUAAUUUGUACUUUAAACUCCUACUAUAUUCGACAGUUUAUGGCAACAUCGUGUCCUUUUUGGUGUUCUUGGCACCAAUCCCGACAUUUGACACAAUCUACAAGCAGAAAUCGUCGGACGGGUAUCAAUCGAUACCAUAUGUGGUGGCACUUUUGAGUGCGUCGUUGCUCCUGUACUAUGGAGUCCUCAAGACUAAUGCCACUAUGAUCAUCACCAUCAACGCCAUUGGAAUCGUAAUUGAACUCGCCUAUCUUGUCCUCUUCUUGAUCUAUGCCUCCACCAAAGAGAAGAUGUACACAGCGAAGUUGAUGCUGCUGUUCAAUGUAGGAGGUUUUGGAGUGACGAUGGCGCUGACCAUCUUGCUUCUCAAGGGUCAGCAUCGCGUCAAUGCCGUCGGUUGGAUCUGCGUGGCCUUCAGUCUCGCAGUGUUCGCCGCGCCUUUGAGCAGCAUGAGGAGGGUGAUAAAGACCAAAAGUGUGGAGUUCAUGCCGUUCACUCCGUCCUUCUUGCACGCCCUCUGUGCCGCCACCUGGUUCUUGUAUGGACUCUUCGUCAAUGACAUGCUCAUUGCUCUACCAAAUAUACUGGGAUUAUUGUUUGGCAUCAUUCAAAUGCUCCUCUACAUGAUGUACAAAGAUAGAAACAAGAAAAUAGCAGAGACAAAUGAGAGGAACAACCAACAAGAAGUGUCUCUAGACAUGAAGAAACUAACAUCAAUCCAAAGUGCAAAGCCGUACCCAGCUUCGCAGUAUCAACCGCAAGUUAGAGAAAUGGAUAUCUUUCCCAUUGGCAAACCAAUUGAACCAAACAACAGCGCUUGA